GUAUGAACUUCGAUCCGAAGACAUCAAAAGAAGAUAUCAUUAAACUGUUGGGAUCUACGGGGGUGGAAUCUGCCAAGAAGGCGAGUAUCGACCUAUUCAAAACGCACGAUGACGCUUACGAAAAUAUUUGGAUCCCAAGAAAAUUCGACGCAAGGAAAAAGUGGAGACACUGCCGUACAAUUGGAGAAGUUCGCGACCAAGGACACUGUGGUUCUUGCUGGGCGUUCGGAACCAGCUCAGCAUUUGCUGACCGUUUGUGUAUAGCCACAGACGGAGAUUUCAACAAACUGUUGUCCGCCGAAGAGAUAACGUUUUGUUGUCACAAGUGUGGUUUUGGAUGUCACGGAGGAAACCCAAUUAAAGCUUGGGAAUAUUUUAGUAAACAUGGUCUGGUCACGGGAGGAAAUUAUAAAUCUGGAGAGGGAUGUGAACCAUACCGAGUUCCACCCUGCCCACGUAACGAAAACGGCACUAAUACAUGCAGUGGUAAACCAAUGGAAAAAAACCACAGAUGCACGAGAAUGUGUUACGGAGAUCAGGACCUCGAUUACAACCAAGAUCACAGAUAUACACGUGACUACUACUACCUAACUUACGGCAGCAUCCAAAAGGACGUUUUGACUUACGGGCCAAUUGAAGCAUCAUUUGAUGUAUAUGACGAUUUUCCCAGCUACAAAUCGGGUGUUUACGUAAAAUCAGAAAAUGCUACAUACUUGGGAGGACACGCCGUAAAAUUGAUCGGUUGGGGUGAAGAAGAUGGAAUCCCGUAUUGGUUAAUGGUCAAUUCGUGGAACGCACAAUGGGGUGACAAAGGUCUUUUCAAAAUUCAACGAGGCACAAACGAAUGUAAUGUCGAUAAUUCGAUGACUGGUGGUGUACCAGUGACUAACUAAUUGUAGUAGCUAUCUAAUAAAAUAAGAGCAGUGCUGUCAUAUUGCGUAUUUUAUGUUUAAUUAUAAUAAUUUUAUUAUUUAACA